AUGGCCGCUGUACCUACUACUGGUCCUCGCGGCAUGGGCCUCGAUUGGGGUGGCACAGGACGCCGCUGCGCUCAAGGCGAUCGGCUCGCUUCCAAGCUGCGCGCCGUACCAUCUGUCGUUAUCGUCGACAGGUGUAUGCUUCCGAAUGGCAUUGGUAUCGACAUUUGGAACGUCCCAUUUGACCACAUCGACAACUUUAUACGAUGGCUCUACGUCGUCACUCUACUAUACCUCCUCCAGGCUGCCUUGGUCAAGAUUACGCUCCUUUCCUUCUUCCUACGGAUAUUCCUCAGACGGCGAACAGUACAGCUUUUUGUCACAGUAGUGUCCAUCCUCCGCCUGAAAUCGCUCUUUUUCUUCGACGGGGACAACAACUAUACAUGGAAGCAAGCGAAAGUCGUCUUGUGGUCAAUGUACGAGCUCCAUGUCGGAGUAAUCUGCGCCUGCAUCCCGACUCUCCGCCUGAUCUUCAUCCGCGCAAUCCCUUCGGUCAUCAGCUCGAUACAAGGAAGUACCCAGCGAAGCAGCGCGAACGGAAACGGCAGUAGAAGGAGUCGUGGCACAACUCAGAAUCUAGACACGUUGAGAAGUGACAGAGGUGGGAAAGAAGGUAUGGCCGUUGAACCCAACACGAUUACAUACACCAGGACCUUUGCAGUCCGGCACGAGGAAAACGACGAGGAGGUCGAACUUGUCCACAUGGAGGAUUUAAGUGAAAAGACGUCGAGAGAACGAGGUGGUAGCUAUGCUAGUGAGCUGAGCUUAUAG